GUUACUGUCUUCCCACUUCCACUUUUUACGUCUUUUCUCAAUGGCACAUUCUAUUGCAAAUAAUUUGACUGAUUUAUCAGAAAUGGGUCUUCAGUUAGACCAAAAUGACAACAUCUUAUUGGAACCAUUCAAAUACCUAUGUGAACAUCCAGGCAAAGACAUUCGAAGUCGACUCAUUGAUGCCUUCGAUUACUAUAUGCAUGUUCCUCCUGACCAACUGAAAGUUAUAACAAAGGUCACUGAAAUGCUUCAUAAUGCCAGCUUAUUGGUGGACGAUGUUGAGGACGACUCAGACCUUCGGCGAGGUGUGCCUGUUGCACACAAAAUCUACGGCAUAGCACAAACUGUCAACUGCGCCAAUUAUGUGUAUUUCCUGGCGUUGAAUGAAAUUAUCAAGUUAGGCAAUAGCAAGAUGGUAGAUAUAUAUACAGAGGAAUUAAUUAAUUUACAUCGAGGACAAGGCAUGGAGCUGUUUUGGCGAGACUCGCUCACGUGUCCAACCCAAGAUGAGUAUAUCGAAAUGGUCAACAAUAAAACUGGUGGUCUCUUAAGGCUUGGCGUCAAGCUCAUGCAGGAAGCAAGUAAAUCAGACAAAGAUUAUACGCCUCUUGUGAAUAAGAUAGGGAUUCACUUUCAAGUUCGGGAUGAUUACAUGAACCUACAGUCAAAACAGUACACGGACAAUAAGGGAUUUUGCGAGGACUUUACUGAAGGAAAAUUUUCAUUUCCUGUUAUACACUCAAUUCGGGCCGAUCCCUCCAACCGACAAUUGUUGAAUAUAUUAAAGCAGAGGUCGACAUCAGUGGAAUUGAAGCGCUUCGGUCUGCAGGUGCUGGAGAAGACAAACACUUUUAACUACUGUUUGACAUUUCUCAAGGACAUGGAGCAACAGGCAAGGGAUGAAAUUAGUCAUUUAGGAGCCAACCCAAAGCUUGAGAAGAUUUUGGAUAUGCUCAGCGUGGCAGUUGCGUAAUGCCAUUAUAUCCUUUUGCAAUAGUAUUUUCCCAAUGACAAUAAGUCGUACGUCUCCGAGUCACCUUUACAAGCGUAAUCCGAUAGUGCAGCGAUUAUUUCUUU